AUGCGCCCUCGCUCAUCGGCCGCUCGACAUUUUGGGCUGCUGCCCCACGACCCUUUUAGCGCUCUGUCGUUCCGCUUGGAUCACCUCCGUCUCGUGCACAGUAUACUCUGCAAAUUUGCUCCUCACCGUCUCUUGGUCGCCAGCCUUGGCAUCCCCUGGAUGGUUUGCAUCAACACCUUUCCUCAGCUUAGAGUUUACGUCGAGGUCUGUACGCUGGUUUUCCACCCAGAGAAGGCUCUCGAUCUGGUUCAGACCUUGUGUCUAAGCAACAAUCCCAUAGUUAACCUCUUAGAUCCUAGAGUUCCUGGCUAUCUGCAUGGUCUCGGUCAUGUC